AUGGCGACCAGGGGUGAAAAAUCCCCGCAGCAGAACCUCGUGGAAGAGGCUGUUUUGAGCAGCUCCACAGCACAGGAAUCCAACAGGGAGGAAAAGUCCCAGAGAUCCCACAGGAGGAGGGGCUCCAAACCCAGCCCAGUGUGCUCUGUGGAGGAAAGACACACCCUGAGCCAGGAAGGUGGGCAGAGCUUCAGCCAGAGUUCGGAGCUGGUGGCCCAUGGGCAGCUUCAUGAUGGGGAGAAGCCCCACAAAUGCUUGGAGUGUGGGAAGAUUUUCAGGCAGGGCAAUACCCUGAUCAGCCACCAGAUGAUCCACACUGGGAAAUGGGCUUGUGAGUGUGGGGAGUGUGGGAAGGGCUUCAGCUGCUGCUCUGCCCUUGUAAACCACCAGCAGAUUCCCACCAAGGAGAAGCCCUUCUGCUGCCCUGACUGUGGGAAGGGCUUCAACUGCUACUCCAAGCUCAUCAUCCACCAGCGCAUCCACACUGGAGAGAGGCCCUACCAGUGUCCCACAUGUCAGAAGAGGUUUCACACCAGCUCCAAUCUCCUUCUGCAUGAGCGGAUUCACACGGAUGAGAGGCCCUUCCGCUGCUCUGAUUGUGGGAAGGGCUUGAAUCGCAAAUCCACCCUCGUCACCCACCAGCGCAUCCACACUGGGGAGAGGCCCUAUGAGUGUCCCCAGUGUGGGAAGAGCUUCUCUGACCGCUCAUUCUUUAACCGACACCAACAGAGGCACCGGUAA